AUGUGGAGGGACACAGACACGGAGUCAUCAAGCUCAGCAGAGAGUCAGUGUGCUGACAGGAACACGGGGACUGGCCGGAGACAGAAGCAUCCUCCUGAGUCACCAGAAAGCUUCCAGAUGGCACUUCUGCGUCCCUCACCUCCCAGCUCCCUGGGCUCGCAGGGGCCCCAGGCUUGGAGAUCAGGCCCUUUCAUACCGCUGCUGUCACCCGCCAGCUCCUUACCCGUCAGGCUGUCAGGCUUCAGGUUGACGCCAUACCUCAUGGCCCCAGCUCAGUCUCAUCAUCACGUUGUUGCAGCGAUGGGGGCGGUGGUUGCUACGCAGCCUCGUUCGUUCAGGGAUAGCCUGGUGGUGAGCGGGAACGUGCCAGCAGCAGGGCCCGUGGCCGCCCCCAGCACCCGCCCAGACAGGAGGCCUGCAGCCCAAGGCUGUGAGGCUGGGCCGGGGCCAGGGCAGGCCAGGAGUGGGCCAGGCCGCCCCGUCUUUGCUUCCCUGGACCCACAGGCAGCAUCGUCUGUGGAGAGACCAUGGAACCUGGAUUCCUCCGGUGACAGGGCUUUGGCCUCUGGACGGAGAGGUCCCUGGAUGUUACAGGUUGGGGCCCUCUGGAUGCCUGAGGAUCGUACUCACGGCCCAGAAAGCAGCUGCUCCCUCCAGACAAACUCCCAGGUGCCUUCUCCACCCAGGGCACGGGCACCCGUGAUGCUGUCCCCCCAGAUGGAGAUGGGGCAGAGGAUACGGGAGCGGGGCCUCCAGGAGCACCGGCUGGCCCCGUUUCCUCAGCUGACGGGGCAGGGGAGUGGGAACAGUGUGGCCAGCUCUGUGGCGGGAGACUGGGUCCCAGGCCUGGCGCUGCCACUGGGAGCCAGCUGCAAGGAUCUGGCUCCGGUGGCCAUGAACUGUGAGAGCAUCCCUUGGACCAGUGCUGGGCCCCGCACACUCCCGGGGGGAAGCAGUGACUCCAGCCCAAAGACUUUUGGAAAAGCCUCCCUCUAGCCAGUGCUGAGUGUCCUGCUAGAGAAGACGUCGCAGCUCUUGAGUGGACGUGGGGACCCUGGCAGCCUCAAGCUGGAUGCUUCCCUGAAGGGCUGGCAGGCCAGGAAUGGCCAUCCCAGGAAGCUCGGGGCCCUGUCGCUGGGCCCCCAGCCCCUGGUGCCACUUCCCUCGCUGGAGUCGGAGGUCAACCGUGUGGCCUGGGACACCACUCAGAUUAAGGACAAGCUCAAGACGAGGAGACUCUUGGAGGGCUUGGCAGCAUCUCCCCGAGCCUCUCUGGAUCCUGGGGGAGCCCCCAAAGGAGUUCCCCUGAGGACCGCCAUCCCCUGGGCUGCCUCUCAGAGGCUGCUGAGGGUGCCCAGGCCGAUGCCUCCCAUCCAGAGCAUCCCCACCACCCCGGAGGCCAGCGGAGCCAAGGACAAAGGCCUGGACCCACCCAGGAGCCAUCAGGGACCCCAGGAACUGAGACCCGGUGCCCAGGAGGUGCAGGUCUCCCAGCAGUACCUGCACUGCAGUGACGAGAAGAUGCGCAAGUCCCUGGGGGGCAUUGUGACCCCGCCCAUCCCAAAGGACAGGGUGCCCGCCGGGACCUCCUCCUGCACGUCUGGCUCCCUUCCCAGCCUCUUGCCUCCAGGCCAGGACAUCCUCACGGGCCUGAGGCCUGCCACCACACGAUUGGUCCGGGAGAGUGGGCCUCGGGAGACCCCCAGAUCUCUGGAGCCAAAACCUUUGGUCCUGCCCGUCAGAGACAGGUCUGCUGCCCCUGAGAAGCCUGCCCUGCCUUCAUCUCAGUCUGCUCCUACUCUGACAGCCUUCUCCUUCGGCCAUGCCAAAGAAACCCAACCCUUGCCAAAAGAAGAGGAUCAGAAGGAGAGUGGCACCAAGUUUGCCUUGAUCUUGUACCGGAUCCAGGUCACCAUUGCCAGGUCUGCCCAGGAGAAGAUGCGGCUGAAGCAGAUGGAGAUGGAGUUGGUCUGGAGAGUGAAGGAGCCGGAGAGGGAGCUCGCUUCCCAGAGCCUGGGCUCCCGGAGGACCUUGAUGAAGGAAGGCCUCCUUACCCUCCGGGGCAGUAGGACCCUCUCCGUGCCCACUGGGCUGAGCAGCCCCUGCAGAAACAACGUCGGCGUCGUCCGGAAGAAGCGGGCCAACCGGGCCUCCCUGCCCAGCAUCCCUGUCAGCAAGCAGGAGCUCAGCUUUGCCCGCCAUACUUCAGCUCACUCCUUACCUGCGGUGCUUACUUUGGGAUCUCCUGAGAGGGAAGAAGAGGAGAAGGAGACGGAUCUUCGGGCUUUUGAGGAGCUAAGGCCUUUCUCGAACGCGGAGCUGGGGCUGGUGGAUGCCCUGCAGUGCCUGGACCGCAGCGACUGCCAGAUGAAGGAGAAGGGCCUGGUGAGCAUCCAGCGCCUGGCGGCCUGUCACUCGGAGGUCCUCGCUGGGAGGCUGCACGACGUGUCCCUGGCCGUGACUGGAGAGGUCACCAACCUCCGCUCCAAGGUGUCCCGCCUGGCCAUUAGCAACCUGGGAGAACUCUUCCGGGCCUUGAAGAAGAAUAUGGACCAGGAGGCUGAAGAGAUAGCCCGCUGCCUGCUCCAGAAGAUGGGGAACACCAGCAAGUUCAUCCAGAGGGCGGCCAGCCGGUCCCUGGGGUCCAUGGUGGAGCACGGGACCCCCACCCGCUCCCUGGUGGCCCUCACCUCGGCGGGCAUCUACCACCGAAACCCCUUAGUCCGGAAGUGCACUGCCGAGCACCUCUCGGGCGUCCUGGAGCAGAUAGGCGCCGAGAAGCUUCUCUCAGGCACUAGAGAGAGCACAGACACGCUGGUGCACAACCUGGUGAGGCUGGCCCAGGACUCCCACCGGGACACCAGGCUUUAUGGCCGGAAGAUGGUGAAUAUCUUGAUGUCAAACACAAGGUUUGAUGCAUUUCUGAAGCAGUCCCUCCCGUCCCACGACUUGCAGAAGGUCAUGACAGCUAUUAAACAGUGGGGAAUAGAAGAUGGUGAUGAACCUCCAUCUGCCAAAGGCCGCAAGGUGUCGAGGAGUCUGGUGGUGUGUGAGAAUGGGCUGCCCGGCGAGGAUGGGCUCAGCUCCAGUGGCCCGCGGCUGGCAGGCCUGCGCUCCUCCAUGCGGGGUGCCUUGGAGAUGGCGGAGCAGCUGUGGGAGCUGACGCGGCUGCUGGAGGCCGAGGAGUACCAGUCUCGGAUGGAAGGCGUGGGGCGGCUCCUUGAGCACUGCAAGGCCAAGCCAGAGCUCAUCACCGCCAACCUGGUCCGGGUCUUUGAUGCUUUCACCCCAAGGCUUCAGGAUUCCAACAAGAAAGUGAACCAGUGGGCGCUGGAGUCCCUCUCUAAGAUGAUGCCCCUCCUGAGAGAGAGCUUACAGCCUAUGCUGCUCUCCAUCGUCAUUGCUGUAGCAGACAACCUCAACUCCAAGAACGCAGGAAUUUACACUGCUGCGGCGACGGCGCUGGAUGUAAUGAUUGAGAGUCUGGACAACCUUGGCCUCCUACAAGCGUUUGCUGGGCGGGUGCGUUUCCUGAGUGGCCGCGCAGUGCUUGAUGUCACAGAACGUCUGUCCGUGUUGGUGGCCUCAGUUUACCCCCGAAAGCCCCAGGCCGUGGAGCGCCACGUACUUCCGGUCCUCUGGUACUUCCUGAACAACAUGAUCGGGAACGGCAUCCUGCCCGGGCGCGGUGUGAACGUCCGCACGGCCGUCUGCCGGCUGUGCAGGAGCCUCCAGGGGCAGAUGGGCUCCCGGCUUCAGGACUUGGCCGCCAGCCAGCCAAAGCAAGUCCUCAAAACGCUCCAGGAGCUCUUAGACCCGGAAUCCCUGUGAGACAGCCCCAAGGUCACUGACGGGGGGAGGGCACCUGACAGCAAGACAACUGGCAGCUCACGCCCCUUUCAUCUGGAUUAAAGACAGAUCUAGAAUGAGCAAUCGUUAUUUUUAUCUUAUUUUAUUUUUAUGA